AUUUAAGCAUUUAAUGUUUGCAAAUGUUCAGACUGUUUAUAUCUUUUCCAAGUGACAUUUUAUUUUAUUUAUUUUUUCCUUUUUGGGGCUAAUUAGGUGUGCUGACUACUGAACUAGGGAGCUGAUUGAGAUGCACCCAGAGAUUUAUUUUUCUUUCUGUUAAUUCACCUCUUAAACAUGACAAUAUGUCUAAACACACAGAAAAACUCCUGGUGAAGUGACUGAGAUCCACAUACACUAUUAUAAAGAUGGCGUUUAUUAAAGUGGAGACUGAAGACAUGAAAAUUGAAGCAGCAUACAGUGUCAAACAAGAAGAUACUGAUGAACAAACAGACCUGAUGGCGCUGAAAGUGGAGAGUCAAGAACUGAAUGAAAUGGAAGUGAAAGAUCAUUGUGAUAAUGAUAAACAUCAUGACUUUAAAACUGAAGAAAAAUAUAUGAAUUGCUCGCAGACAGAAAAGACGCCAACUAGAAGUAAUUACACCUGUUUUCAGUGUGGAAAGAGUUUCACCCAAAAAGGACAUCUUGAAGUCCACAUAAGAACUCACACCGGAGAGAAGCCUUACAACUGCCAACAGUGUGGAAUGAGUUUCACUGAAAAAGGAAGCCUUAAAGUCCAUAUGAGAAUUCACACUGGAGAGAAGCCUUACACCUGCCAAGAGUGUGGAAAUAGUUUCAUUCGAAAAGGAAGCCUUAAAAGCCACAUGAGAAUUCAUACUGGAGAGAAGCCUUACACCUGUCCUCAAUGUGGAACAAGUUUUUCACAUAAGCCAACUCUUAAUGCACACAUGAGAAGUCACACUGGAGAGAAGCCUUACACCUGCAAACUGUGUGGAAUAUGUUUCAGCCGAAAAGGAAACCUUACAGUCCACAUGAGAAUUCACACUGGAGAGAGUCUCUACACCUGUCAAAAUUGUGGAAAAAAUUUCUAUCGAAAAGGAAGCCUUAAUAGCCACAUGAGAAUUCACACUGGAGAAAAGCCUUACACGUGCCCUCAAUGUGGAAAGAGUUUUACACACAGACCAACCCUUAAUGUCCACAUGAAAACUCACGUUAAAAGGAAGCCUUUUGCAUGUCUUCAGUGUGAGAAGUUUUUCACAAAUCAAAGAGACCUAAAACGCCAUUUGCAAACUCAUUGUGAAAAGAAAUUGUAGUGUUGCUCAAUGUGGCAAGAGGUUUACAAAAUAGAGCAGUCUCAAAUUGCACAUUCACUCUGGAGGGAGACCUUUUAAUUUUGAUUAGUGUAAUAUUUUGAUAUAACACUCAGGGGCUGUUUAAAUGACACCAUUUUCAAUUAAAAACGGAAAACUUUUUAUGCGUUUUGGCGGUCUGAAAAUGCAAACUUUUGAAAACAGGUUUCAAAGUGCAAGUUUUUGAAAACGGUCUCCACGUAAACAACAAAAACGUGAAUCUAUGAAAAUGGUGAUGUCAUGCACACACGCAUUACACGUUCAUUCUAUAGUGUUUCAUCGCCAUCUAACGCCAUCUAGCGUUUUUAGUCAUUUUCAUGGAUUUGUAUGAAUGGGGAUCAUUUUGAUAAUGGUGUCAUCUGUACGCGGAAAACUCAAAGGAAAAACUUAUCCGUUUUAACCAUAUCGUUGUCGUGUAAACGUACCCUCACAGAUACACUUGAAAAGUCAUGCAAAUGUGAGACCCUAUGUGUGUUUUGGGUGUGGAAAGUGUUUUAAAUGACUCAACAAUAUAAAAAUAAAACCAGAAAAUAUGUAUCAUUGUAGUAAUUGUGUUUUAUAGAGCUAUAUUUCAUAAAUUUGAGUCAGCUUAAUACAUUGUAAUCAACAUAUUUUUGUGGAGGUUGCACAAUCAAAUCUGAAACUAACUCUUUAUCAUUUCUUUCUUUGCUACAACAAAUUUGUUUUAUGAACACUGUUAAAGAAGCCAGAUAAAAGCUAACAAAAAGUUGAGGGAACGCUAAUCACCAUAAUGGUGACUUCAAAUGAAAUUAUUUUCAAUAAAACAUUAACAAU